AUGAUUUUAUACCCGCACAAGUAUUUCCCCAACACGGUAAAAUGCAUGCUGGCGGCGCACAUUUACAGCUUCCAGGUGGAACUGUGCGACGACUUCUUCUACACACGGAGCUUUGACAUAGAGAAGAGUCUCGUAGUGAAUAAGAAGCCGCUGCUGGUUUACGAAAACAAUUACGUCAGUUCGACGAAGGCGAUAUGUUUUCUGUUCCAUCGGUUGCGAAAUGCCGAAAGUAAAAAGUGCUUGGACGAUAAGCUACGGAUGUACAUGUCAUGGGUAGAAUGGAGUGAUCUGCUGGAGAAGCACAUCGAAGUAUUGAAUAAAAAGAAAAUAAUUGAUAGUCUGGAUGAGCUGGAGAGUUACCUAAAGGAAAACCAAAAUAAAAAUUUCAUAUGCAGCUCGGGAAAAGAACUCCAAGGGGAUAAUAACGACAAGUUGACAUUGGCAGAUAUCUUUGUAUACACCUCACUCACUCACUGCAACAUUGAAAUCUGCCAAGAGAGCUGGGUACACAUAAGCCAAUACAUACAGAAGAUAAACGAACUGGAGGACGUACAGAAAAUUCUAAAGGACGUAAAACAUAUUUACAAAUAUAAGAACAUUUACAAUUUAUUCAUUUCGAAGAUUCAUGAGAAAAAUAUCAACUCUUAUUUGAAGAAGGAAAAAUUUUACCUAACGACGGCGAUUAACUAUGUGAAUGGAGAUCCACACAUUGGACAUGCAUACGAAAUAGUGCUGGCAGAUGCUAUUGCCAGGUAUCACAAAAACAUAGGAAGGAGGGUGUUUUUCACCACAGGUGCUGAUGAACACGGAAUGAAGAUUGCCAAUCAAGCGACGAGAAAUAAUCUCACUCCACAAGAAUUGUGCGAUAGAAACGUACUUAAAUUUAAGGAAUUAAACAAAUUGUUGCAUGUGAAUGAGGACUACUACGUGAGAACCACUUGUGAUAAACAUAAGAAGAUUGCACAAGAAAUAUGGACAAAGUGUGAAGAGAACGGAGACAUUUAUCUGGGUGAAUAUGAAGGGUGGUAUAACGUGCGUGAGGAGACGUACGUGCCCGAGAAUGAAGCGAAAUUAAUGAAUUAUAGAGACCCAGUGAACAAUAUAAAGUUGGAAAAAAUGAAAGAAUCAUCCUACUUUUUUAAAAUGUCGAAAUAUCAGCAAAGGUUAAUCGAUUAUAUACUUGAGAAUCCACAUUUUAUCCAACCGGAACAGAAGAGGAAUGAGAUUUUGCAGAGACUGAAGGAACCUUUGGCUGAUCUCUCCUGUAGCAGGACAAAAUUUUCCUGGGGAAUUCCUGUCCCAAGUGAUAAGAAGCAUGUUAUGUAUGUUUGGAUGGAUGCUCUGAUAAAUUAUUAUUCUAAUUGCUUCAUCGUGGAUGGGAAGGAGAACUAUUGGCCAGCCGAUGCUCACCUGAUCGGAAAAGACAUCGUGUGGUUCCACACAGUUAUCUUCCCCACUAUACUCAUGUCAGUAAAUUUGGAUCUCCCAAAGAGUGUAUUUUGCCAUGGCUUUGUCCUAGCUGCGGAUGGGAAAAAAAUGUCCAAGUCUUUGGGCAAUGUGAUAAACCCCUUCGAAAUAAUAGAGGUCUAUGGACCGGAUGCUUUUCGCUUCCACGUCAUUAAGGAGACAAAGAAAGGAUUCGACAUGCGCUUCGACAUUGACAAUCUGGUCGACAUGUGUAACUCCGAUUUAGCGGACACGAUUGGAAAUUUGGUCCAGAGGACACUGUCCCUCUGUCAGCUAUCAAAUGAGUCGAAAAUCCCCCCCCUCUUUGAGGAGUACGACAUCGAUUUGCCCUUCAGCCUGCUGCACUUUAUCAACCGAGUGGAAUUCCACAUGCAGACAUAUUGCGUCCAAGUGUGUUGUGAAAAAACAGUAAACGUGUGCAAAGAUUUGAACAAAUUCCUCACAGAGUUGGCCCCAUGGAAAUACAAAAAUGAAGACCAGAAUAAAAAAUUGCACAUCAUCAGGAUCAUGAUGGAGGCCAUUUAUCUCAUUGCCCAUUAUCUGGACAUUUUUAUUCCAUCCAUUGCUUCGCAAAUUUUCCAGAAAUUAAACACCCCCAAGAAAAGUAUUGUCGAUUUGAACCCCUGGUUGAAUAACCUACAAGAAGGGGUCGACAUUAAUAACGACAACAUUUUAUUUAAAAAGUUCGAGGUGGAAAGUGCCCAGAUAAAAAUUCAAAAGGUUAUCAUGCGUGUGUGCAAAAUUGUCAGCAUUGUGAAGGAGGAAGAGGGUCAAAAAGCGGCCACCAUUUUCGAAAUUGAGGUCGAUGACCAUGAGAAGCACCUCGCUAUUCUGUAUCUGUCGAAACCUCCCAACUGUGUCGGCAUGUUCACUGUUGCUAUUAUGAAUAUCAAACCCAUCACCAUUAACAACAUCACCGUUAAUGCCAUCAUCCCGCAUGUGAACAAGGAAGUGUUUACCUUUGCCAGGGAGACGAAUAUGCAGACGGGUACUUUAAUUAAGCCUAAGAAUUACAAAACGCUCGUAAAGCAACGGGACAAUUUAACCAAGAAGGAGGUGAACUCUUUGGAGCUCUCCAUUAGUAAUGGUCACUGUUUUUUCGAGAAAACCGUGCCCUUGGUUUUCGCCUCAUCCGAGGACAUGCCCUUCUACCACUCGACGCAGAGCAGCGGGCCCCUCAAAUUUUUCUGA